AUGUCAACAGCACCGCAACCAGAUCCUAAAGCCCUCGCCGCCCGACCAAGCCCCUACACCUAUACCGACGAGCAAUGGAAGGUCCACACCGUCCACCCACAGCGAUACUAUUCCCGCAGUAGAGAAGAUGGAACGCUUCGCCCCACUCUCCCAGCGCCCUGUGUUUCCAUAGGCAAUCCGGACAUUGCGCCACGAACGGCGGCCGAAAAAGCCCGCGAAGCCGACAAGGCGCUGUGGGGGAGCUGCAAGAGCGUUGACGAGUACGAAGGGAAGAGGCGGGAGAUGGACGACGUCGCCGCCGCCCGCGCAGUGGAAGCAGGACGGCCGGCCUUUCAUCCGUUUCCACGCCUGCCGGCCGAGUUGCGAUGUCGGAUCUGGGUCGUGGCCAUGGUGAACAACCCAACCCGCAUUGCCAUCACCUGCUCGGGGUACACGCCGGCGCGACGACCGCAAGGGGGAUGGUGUGGGACGGUGGCUCCGGGACGUCCGAGGAUUUAUGCAGCCACCGCGUUCAUGCCGCCGCUGAUGCUGGUCAACUGGGAGGCGCACGCCCUGGCGUCGCGCCACUACCGGCGGGCCUUUCGGGGCGUCAAUGGCGGCGGGGGCGUCCUCGCCGCCUAUCCGAGUAUUCUCACGAUCGAAAAGCCCAUGGUGCUCCUCCUGCCCAUGGAUCGUGCUGAGGACCUCGGAUUGCUUGCAGAGAUCGUGGUGAUUGUUUCCCCGGGUCUUGGUGGCAGGGUGGCGUUUUCCACGGAGUACUCGGAACGAUUCAAGAUGAUGCUGAGGGUGGGGACCAUACGUCGUCUAGAACUUCGGCUGACGAGAUCGAUCCCCCGCGACCGGGCGCGCAGAGUUGAGGAAUACUUUGCAUCGCUAUUCUCGGAGAUACAGGCGGCGAAUGAAGAAUGGGUUGCGCCGGAACUGCAGGUGGGGCCUGUGCAUGACGAAGAGAAGCCUCGAAAUGAUUCCGAAUCGUCCUCCAAGGACUUGUACAGUGAUGACGAUUAA